UGCCACGCGAACGCCAAGGCACGAUACGCGCUGUGACUAUGAAAACAUGAAAAAACCGUGAUGCAUCCAAUCUCUAAAUAUUAAAGUGUUUACGAACGAGUAUCCGCUAUCCUAAAAAAUAUUGUAGAUACGGCGACGAGCGCGGAUGUGUCUGCGCCGAAGACCCGGCAGCUGAGGCCGGCCCGGCCCCAUGGCGGCCGCGGCGGUGCGCGCGCUGCUCGUGACGGCCGCGCUGGCCGCCCUCGGCGACGCCGGCGCGGCGCGCUUCGGCGACCGCCUGGCGCCGCGGGUGCCCGCCCCGUACUCGCCGCGCCACGCGCCUUCCGCGCGCCACUACAUCGAGAGCGAAGAUGAGGACCCCUACGAACAAGAUUAUGACGAUCAACUCCACCACGACGAUGAACAGCAGAAGGAGAUCUUACCACAGCCGCGGCGACCGACGCGCACUGAAGCUCAUCGUCUCGAAAUGAGCACAGAAUUCUUCGUGAUACCAGAGCGGCCGUCGUCUGCGCCGACGCCUUCGUCGACAUCUCGCGCGGUUACCGCAGCGACAUCUCGACCGACGAAUGCGACCCGUCCUCAAAUAAUUACGCCAAUGUUAAGGAUACUAAGACCAGAAUCUUGGGCAGUGCCGAUAUUAGCUUUAGCUUGCGUGAGCAUGAUAGUUAUAGGAGGUUUCGAAGGCUUCAUCGUUUGGGGAGCGAGUCGCAAGGCGCCGAGUCAACGACAUCUUCUUCUCGGGCAGUGUUUAUUAUUCGGACUGUUCACGUGCGCGGCAACAGCGGCUUUAUUUACGGCUGCGCCGACUUCGUUUACAUGUGGCGCUGUGCGCUUCGGGACGGGAGUUGCCUAUGUGAUUGUGUUCGCAUCACUACUAGUGAAAUGUGUUUUCCUGUUAAGUUUGAACGGUGGUGUGUACUUGCCGGCAGCGUACCAAGGACUGCUGUUGUUUUUCGCAGUGAUGAUCCAAGUGGCCAUCGGGGCGCAAUGGUUAGGCGGCUCGCCGCCGCGGGUGGCGGUCGGUGCCGCGCGAUGCGACUCACCUCUUUCGGACUUGCUGCUAUCAUUAUGCUACGCAGCGUUUUUAAUCGCAGUGGUCUGCGGUGUGGCGUUGCGGUCGCGUGGCAUACGCGACAACUACAGAGAAGCCACGCACAUUGCGGGAGCAGGCGGCGCGACUGCCGCCGUGUGGAUCUGUUGGGUGUCGGCGGCCCUCGGUGCACCCGAGCAACAUCGCGAAGCAUGUGUAGCCGCGGGGUUGUUGGGCACAUGCGCCGUGGUAUUUGCGCUGAUGUUCGCGCCUAAAGGCCGACGCCUGGCUGCGUUAGGUCGCGAGGGUCGCUGGGAUGCGGACCGAGAGGAAGGACUCAGCUCGAUAGGCGUGGGCGGUUCCGGCUACUCGCCUUCUUUCUUCCACUUCAAACCAGUCAAGUACGGGAUGGUGACGGCCGCAGCGCCCGGGCCGGCGCCGCCGACGGCGCUCGACCGCAAGGAGCCCCCCGCUCAGCCAGCCGAUCUGUAUGGAGGCAUGUUCGCCGGCUCCCACCUGUACUCACGCUCUCUGUGUCCGCCGCACUACCCCCUGCACCCCUUAACGCAAUACCACUACAACUAUCCGCCCUAUCACUAUCUUCUACCGCCAGGCGUGAUGAUGCGUCCAGAGGAGGGCAACGUGUACACGAGCGUGGAGCCCACCUUCAGCAGCAACCCCAACGUCUACUUCCAGCGCACAGAGCCGUUGCACGUCGGCAUGAUGUACUGAGCCCCUGGCAAACCAGCGUUCCAGCAAGAACAGUGAGAUUUGACAGUGCAACCGCUAGUCACCACAAACAUUUGGUUAUAUCUAUAACAUAGGGCCUAAACUUAGAACCGUGAUGGGAAUUCGCAAGGCAUAGGACACGCGUUGUGUGAUUUCGAACUGCUAGCAAUCCAGCAUUGCUGUCCAAAUAACGUGAAUCACGUCGCAAGAUUUUGCAGUCCAUUUUUUGCCGAUGAUGCGAACGCCGCGACGCGGUUUUGAGUUUGGUUUCUGUCUAACCCUGAGAUCUAUAGGACAUACUUACUUUGACUUUGCUCAAACUUGAGUGUCAGUCAAACAGAGACAGAUUUAUACCAGCGAUAUAACGCUGUCUCGUUUUAACAGUGUCUUAAGUCAGAGCUUCGUCAAAAUGCGCCCUAUAGAUCUCAGCCUAAGGGUUAUUUCUUUGGGAUCAAGACACACCUAUAGCACUGUAUAUGUACGCCCCGAAACCGUAGAAGUUUCCCUGUAUCUUGAGUUGUAUGAAUUGCAAAACUGCCCUGUUCUAAAAUAGGACUAUAAGUUCAUCUCUUUUCCACGCGAUUAAGCAGAACAAGUAGCCGUUUCGGAGUUAUUUUGCGGCGGAGAUGUAAGUACUAGCUGUGGUACUAGGGUUCUGCGUGUCUACUUCGCCAAGAUCGUGUGGGAAAGAGAUUGCUAGGAGUCCGUGAUUUCUCUUAGUCAAAUAGAACGGUUAAUUACGUUACUAUUUACGGGAUUGGGAAUUCAUACAAUACAAGUCGAAAUGAUGCGUCUUUUUACACAACUAGAAACAUUUCGAUGUUGGUUAUUUUAUCGCUUUGGAGGAUGUGUCUAACAGUUUUUUUAAAUUCAAAAUUCAGAUACAAGUUAGCCCUUGCCUGCAAUCUCACCUAUAGUGGUAAGCGAUGAUGCAGUCUUUAUUAAACCCGUUCCAUUUUAGUUUCUA